AUGGCGCUCGAGACGAUAUGGAUAGGCAUGACGCCCAGUGCCCGCAACUCACUCAUAGCAAUGUGUGUGCUAUGGGUGCUGUUUGCAGGAGUUCUCGUGCUUCGAGUUCGGGGACGUAUGCGUGGACCGGGUUUGGGACUGGAUGAUGCACUGUCCAUUGUUGCACUGGUCUUGACUACGAGUACCAUCGGGCUCAAUGUUGCUGUCUUCACCAGUGGAGUGGGUUAUGAUUUCGACCCCAACUCUCCAGUCUUCCCAAUAUUGGUGAACAACAUAUCCUUCAUCAUGAAGAUCACAUUCAGCUACACGCUAGUCUACAUCUGGGCCCUCGCCGCACUCAAACUCUCCCAAAUCGCCCUCUACCUGCGAGUAUUCUCGUUGGAACUGCGGUGGCACGUCUACAUCACCGGCAGCAUCGUCAUCCUCUGGGCGCUCAUCUUCAACUUCCUCUUCAUCUUCCUGUGCGACCCGAUUGCCCAGCAAUGGACCGUCGAUCGCAUCGGGCACUGCCUGGAUCAGAUUCUUCUCCUGAAGAUGUUGAUCCUCACAAACAUGAUCACCGACCUCAUGAUCGUCGUGCUGCCCGUCCGAUGUGUAUGGAAGUUGCAGAUGCGCAAGACGGAGAAGUUUGCGGUCCUCGCCUGUUUCGGUAUUGGGCUUGCGUGCGUGGUCAUUAGUAUCGCACGCUUUAUCCUCAUGUACACCAUCGGUAAGAGGGAUUCCUCACAUCUGUCCUUUUGCGACGUGGACACUGAUUUGGAUACAGAUCUCCUGAGUAACUUGACGGGUACUUCGCUUACGACCUUCAUGCUGUGCACAAUCGAGCUCAUGCUUGCCGGUCUGUGCAUCAGCAUCCCCAUGCUUCGUCCCUUCUACAUCCAGUGGCGCGCAAAGUACAAGCAAUCAUCUUCAGGCCACAGUGGACAAGCGAGUACCUCUGGCCCUGGGCCCCUGCGAUCCAACGAGGCGAGGCCGGGCCUCUACACCCAGUGGCUCGAACUGCACGACAAAGACCAGACCCACGUCUCAGUCUCCUACGACGACAACAAUUCAGAGCGAAAACUCACAGAAACACAGUCCCCUCCGGACGCAAUUCACGUCUCCAAGAACUGGGAGGUUACCCACAACUAA